AAAGUAUCAUUAUACAUCCCGGCACCGUUGCAUAUGUAGGUACUGGCACCAAAGUACGGAAUAAAAUACAAGAUGACGUGAGUGUGGAAAAUUCAAAAAGCUGAUCAAAUAUCGCUAAUCGGUUUACAUAAAACUGAAACACUUGGAUGUCUGUGCACCAUCUGAGGACGCGUCUCAUGCACGGCGGGGAUGACUUGAUCAGUUAUAAUAUGAGCAAGAAGACUGACGGAGAUCUAAACGGCGAGAUCCAGCUACACAAAAUGAAGCCACAGGAACAUUACAUUGAGGCACAAGUGCAGGAAGGUGAUACUUUACAGGCCAUCGCGUUAAGAUUUUAUUGUUCUAUAGCAGAAUUGAAAAGAAUCAAUCACAUACAUAAAGACAAUGAAAUCUUUGCGAGACGGACCAUUAAAGUUCCAGUCACACCUUAUUCUGUACUCACUGAACUAUUACCUCCAUCAGAAACUGUAGAGCCUGUACCUACAACAUCAUCAUUGCCACAAAAUCAAUCUUCUAUACAUGAGCUUAUGAACAAUACACAAAACGAGAAAAACGAGAGUCAUAAUUUACCAAAUAAUAAUACUGAAUCAAGUGACGACUAUGCUAUAGACUGCAAUGCUGUUGUAUUAAACAGCACGCUGGCUCCAGCUGUGAUUCCAUACACAGAUAUAGAACAGUCUGAGGCAAUCACAGAAGACACUCAACUCUUGCCAAAUAAAAAGCUUAGAGAAUCAUUAGAUGCUGUGGUAGUUAAAGAGUUAACAUCACAUGGUGCAGAUUUUGGACUAAAGUGGUAUCAUUUACUAGGUUUUGUGCUCAUUGUGGGUGCUGUGAUACCCAUUGUAUAUAUUAUACUUACUGUAGAAAACCCAGAACACCAUGAGGUGGCAUCUGUGCAUAAAAAUUAAUAGAUUGAUUCAUGUAUUUGAAUAAUGUAUUUUGGUAAAUCAAUUUUGUAUGUAUAUCAUAU